AUGCGCACUAACAUCGCCCUCCUCGCCGGCUUCCUCGGCCUGGCCUCCGCCCUCCCCACCGACGCCGAGUCCGUCGAGAAGCGCCAGACCGUCCCGACGAUCUACCUCUGCGGCGACAGUACCACAGCUAAGGGCGGCGGCGGCUCCGGCACCGAGGGCUGGGGCCAGUUCCUGCAGUACUCCUUCUCGACCAGCAAGGCCAAGGUCGACAACCGCGCCAUCGGCGGCCGCAGCGCGCGCUCCUACACCCGCGAGGGCCGCUUCGAUACCGUGGCUGGGCUCGUCAAGUCAGGCGACUGGGUCGUCAUUGAGUUUGGUCACAAUGACGGCGGCUCGCUUACGCCUACCGACAACGGACGGACGGAUUGCUUUGGUGAUGGUGCGCAGACUUGCUCGACUACCUACAAUGGUGUUGCCGAGACUGUUCUCACGUACCCUGCGUACCUCAAGAAUGCCGCCAAGAAGUUCAACGCUGCUGGUGCCAAGGUCAUCAUCGCUGCCGCGACCCCCAACAACGUCUGGGAGACUGGCACCUACAAGUUCGGAUACGAUCGCUUCUUCUACUACGCCUGGCUCGCCGUUGAGCAGCUCGGCGGCCCCUCCAAGGGCUACUACUUCGUCCCGCACGGCGAAUACGCCGCCCAGGCGAUGAAGGGUCUCGGCGCGACCACCACCAACGCGAACUACCCCAACGACCACACCCACACCGCGCCCUUCCUUGCCGAUGCUAUUCACAAGUCCUUUGUCCUCGGCCUCAAGUGCGGCACCACUGCACUCGCCGCGCUUGCUAAGAACACGACUGCUUCUCUGACGUCGACCUACCUCGGCGGUUGUGUCGACACGUACAACUCCACUGUCCACGCUCUCCUGCGAUAA